ACCGUGUUUGGAAGAAAAAGCCCAAACGUUAUUCUUUCUUCACAUUCAUCAGAGUUUCGUUCCCGCUUCAAUUUUGGCGGCAAAAUUCCACAGAUUUUCUUCCCAAUUUUCGCUAGCUCGGUAAUCGAUUAUUGCUAGAAGCAGAAAUGACGAUCGAAUCGCAAAUAAUCAAACCAAUCGCAAAGGGAAUCGUUCACAGAAUCUGUUCCGGUCAAGUCAUCCUCGACCUCUCCUCCGCCGUUAAAGAACUCGUCGAAAAUAGCUUAGACGCCGGCGCCACCAGCAUCGAAAUCUCUCUUAAAGACUUCGGUGAAGAAUGGUUUCAAGUCAUCGAUAACGGUUGCGGCAUUUCACCAAACAGUUUCAAGGUUCUUGGACUUAAGCAUCAUACUUCAAAACUAUCUGAGUUUCAUGAUCUUCAGUCUCUGACUACUUUUGGAUUUAGAGGAGAGGCGUUGAGUUCUCUUUGUGCUUUGGGGAAUUUGACUAUUGAAACGAGAACUGUGAAUGAACCGGUUGCGACGCAUUUGACAUUUAAUCAUUCUGGUGUUCUUGUGGCGGAAAAGAAAAUUGCGCGACAAAUUGGAACGACUGUGACGGUUAAGAAGUUGUUCUCGAGUCUUCCUGUUCGAAGCAAAGAGUUUAAGCGGAAUAUACGUAAGGAAUAUGGAAAGUUGGCUUCUCUCUUGAAUGCAUAUGCCCUUAUAGCAAAAGGUGUUCGAUUUGGCUGCACGAACACGACUGGCAAAAAUGUAAAAUCUGUGGUACUGAAAACCCAAGGAAAUGAUUCUCUAAAAGAUAACAUCAUAACAGUGCUUGGCAUGAACACUUUCAACUGCUUGGAGCCCAUGUCAUUAUGUAUAUCUGAGAGCUGCAAAGUUGACGGUUUUCUUUCCAAGCCUGGACUGGGUAACGGAAGGAAUUUGGGAGAUAGACAGUAUUUUUUUGUAAACGGUAGACCAGUGGAUAUGCCAAAAAUCGGAAAACUUGUGAAUGAGUUAUAUAGAAGUGCAAACUCUAAACAAUAUCCCAUUGCAAUCAUGAAUUUUACAGUUCCAACGAAAGCAUAUGAUGUCAAUGUGACUCCUGAUAAGAGGAAAAUAUUUUUUUCUGAAGAAACUUCCUUAUUGCAAGCCCUUAGAGAGGGCUUACAACAAAUUUAUUCUCCUGAUAAUGCCUCUUAUGCUGUCAAUGAAUUUAUGCGGCCUGCCGCAAAAGAAGACUGUUUUGAGUUGCGUUCCUCUCAGAAGAAGUCUCCUAUCGUAACGAAACCAGCGUCCCUGAAUGUGGCGAUUCCUCAGGAAGAGCAUUAUACUGAGUUCAAUACUGCUAGUAUUUCUCGGGAUAAGAAUAAUUCUGACCGCAACGGUGGUAGUAUAUCUCUUAAUGAGCAUAAGGAGAAACACACUACUGAUUCUAAUAAUGCUUCUGAAUCUGAUGAUGGUGAUCUAUUCUCACAUGUUGAAGAAGGGUUGAUUCGUGAGAGUGGUGGGGGUUUAAUGGGCAAGGAGUUCACACUCAGAGCGCACAAAACUUUAAAGGGUGACAAGAGUGGAAGACAGAUGGCAUCUACUCAUAUUGCUUUGCGCAAUCAAGCUACCCUGGUCUCAAGGACAGUUGAGAGUGGGGGCUCUUCUGAUAAAUAUUCAUCUGAUUCAUCAAGACAUGUUCAGUCAACCCUUAACAAUUUUGUUGCUGUAAGUAAAAGAAAACGUGAUGACAUCAUUACAGCCUUAUCUGAAGUGCCUGUCCUUAGAAAUCAAGCUCCGCAAUGUAAAUUGAAGACUGUAAAUACUGAAACCAAUGACCUGAUAACAAGAUCAUAUCUUCAUUUGGACCAAAUUAAUGAAACUUCUACGCCAAGUGAGAUUGAAAAUUUGCAGCAACGUAAUCCUGAUGGCAUCAACCACAGCAGUGUAAAUUCACUGUCUUUUAGAGAAGACUCUACUGACAGAGAACCUAACAUGAAACCACAUCAAGAGAAUAAAACACAUCUAGCUGAUACAGCAUCAGUUACACCAUCUAGCAACAAUCUGAUAGAUACUACAGAUGAUGUUUUAGAUUCUCCCAAGUCCUCUGGUCAGAAGAUAUUCUCCAACAUGCAAUUUUCUUUUCAAGACCUUAAGAGUAGGAGAGAGAAGAGACUUUCUUUGGUACAAUCCAGCAAAUACAGAUAUGGAAAAGCUAAUGGCAAAAGUCACUAUACGGCUGCAACUCUGGAGCUUUCACAGCCAGACAUUGAACAGCAGAAAGAAAGGGUUUUGGCAGCAGCAGCCACCGAACUCGAAAGAUUGUUCAAGAAGGAAUACUUCAGCAGAAUGAAGGUGAUUGGGCAAUUCAAUCUUGGAUUUAUCAUUGGUAAAUUGGAUCAAGAUUUAUUCAUUGUGGAUCAGCAUGCUGCUGACGAGAAAUACAAUUUUGAGUGUCUGUCCCAAUCAACCAUAUUGAACCAACAACCUCUGCUUAGGCCAAUAAGAUUGGAGUUAUCCCCUGAGGAAGAAAUAGUUGCUUCGAUUCACAUGGACAUAAUCAGGAAGAAUGGAUUUACUUUGGAAGAGGAUCUAAAUGCACCACCUGGAUGCCGUUAUAAAUUAAAGUCUGUCCCCUACAGUAAAAACACCAUGUUUGGAGUCGAAGAUGUUAAGGACCUGAUUUCAACUCUAUCUGAUGGUGAUGGUCAUGGAGAAUGUUCCAUUAUUGGUAGUUAUAGACAGGAUUCCUCAGAUUCAAUCUGCCCUCCAAGAGUUCGUGCAAUGUUGGCAUCUCGAGCAUGUCGAUCAUCAAUUAUGAUUGGUGAUGCACUUGGAAGAAAUGAAAUGCAGAAGAUACUUGAGCAUUUAGCGGAGCUGAAAUCCCCGUGGAAUUGUCCUCAUGGCAGGCCGACCAUGCGGCAUUUAGUUGACUUGACGAAAAUUCAUAAGAGGUCAGAAUUAAUAAUGCAGGAGUAAUUAAUUAUGGACUUUUACUCCAAAAGUUAUUUUUAGAUUGUAAGUUAAGGGAUCAUCAUGUAAAUUAUUUUGUACAAAUCCAAUGUACAUAACAUUUGCUCUCAAACUUCACAUUUAAUGGAGGGAUGUCUUGAGUGUCUUUGCAUAAGCAUGCCUGAUGUGCUGGACUAAUGUCUCUACAAAAUUCUAGGGGCGCUGGUUCAUUCUUGCUGUUUCAUUAUUGACUCUUUGUUUUUGUUUUCA